CUUUUGAACUGUUAUACUUUUGCACGAGGUGGCAAAAAUUCUGGUGAUCUGAAAUUUUUCCUUGUGGCCACGUUUUUCCUCAGAAAAAGACGCGUAUUUCUGCGUAAAAGGCAAGGUGAAUAGAUUGAGAAGCUAUCCUGAUUAGAAACACCAGGGCAAUACCAGUAUUACGAUGGAAAAUAGAGUGGAAAUGAAGUUUCCUAUUGUGCAAUUCAAUGGAUGUCGUCAAAUUGGUCCUCCGAGGAAAUUCAUUGGGGAACUUCCGGGUAAAGACAGCGAAUUGUUCGUAUGUCGAAUCCCGAAAACCUUUACAGAAAUCGAACUUAUGCCCAUCCUUGAGAAAUUUGGCGAAGUCUUUCAAUUUCGCCUGAUGAUGGACUACAGCAACAUGAACAGGGGCUACGGCUACGUAGUCUACCAGAGCCCUGAUCAAGCUACCAAGGCUCUAGAAUUAAUUCCCCAUCACAUCACAAAUUCUGGCGUAUGCCUCGAUGUGAAGAGAUCCUACGACAAGUGUCGCCUCUUUGUCGGAAAUCUCCCUCGAGAUCUCGACAGUGAAGUUAUCAAGAACACUCUGCAGAGAAUCUAUCCGGACAUGUGCAACUUCAUCAUCCACACGCGUCCAAAUGAUGGAUACAAGAAUAGGGGCUUCGCCUUCAUUGACUUCCCGAAUCAUCAGGCAGCUCUGAUAUCCAAGAAGAAGCACGGAUCAGGAGCCCUGAAACUCUGGGAACGCGAUAUCAAAGUUGUUUGGGCAAAGGAGGAGCGCGUAGUUGAUCCUGACAUCAUGACCUAUGUGAAGACACUGUUCAUCCGCAACAUUGCACCUGGUACCAAAGCCCGUGACUUCGAGGCUUACAUCUGUAAGUUCGUAUCGAAGCAGGAUGAUCUUGUGAAAUGUACUCUAGUCAGGGAUUUUGCUUUCGUGGAAUUCACCACAAAAGCCAUAGCUUUGAAUGCCCGUGAUAAAAUAACGCAGACAAAGUUCAAGGGUAACAGUCUCAGUGCUGAAUGGGCUCUUCCACCGUCAUCCAACGGCAUUCAUGACCUGCGUAAACUCUACGACUAUGAUUCCCUGUUGAAGAUCAAGUGCGUAGCGAAUGACUGGAAUAUGCCGAUUUUCAUAUUCGGCCGCCUAUACCAUGACAUCAAUAUUCAGUAUGUGGCUGUUGUUGUGAGAAACUCUCCGGUGGAAUGCGUAAUUCUUAUGGAGAUCAACACAGUCCUGGUACCGAAUGUCCAUCAGAGGGCUGCAGAAGUAAUGGUGAAACUUAUUGAACGCUGCAAGGGUCUCCCUGCGUACAAUUUAAUUAUCAAGACUCAUGGAAAUGACUUCAAAAUUCUGGGAUUCACAUUUGAAUCAAACUUGAACUUCAGACUCUCGGAGACUGAAUUUGUUUAUGAUUUGAAUGAGAUUGUGGAGUUAGCUUAUGCUGCACAUAUCAUAUGCCAGACUUCUCCUAGACUCCUUCACUUCAGCUACCAACAAGCUUUAUCGUUCAGCCUCACGUACUCAUACAUCCACUCCAUUGGCACGCCCCAUCGUAUCCUGGGCUGCAUUCCACUGACCUACCGUCGAUCUCCACCCUGGCAGACCAAGGGAAACUAUCCGGACUACACUAUUCUCCUGGCAUUGUGCGAUAAAGGUUCCCGGACUAACUAUCAGUACCCUGAAAAUCCCAUUAGACUCCCAGUUGCCAUCUCUGCGCUUGAUAGCCCGGAACGUUGGAAUCUCUUCUUUGCUGUCAAUCUGUCCGUGGUUAAAAGUACUUACAUCAGCAGCGAGAUCUACUUUGGUGCUCUUCCAUUGUGACGAUGCAGCAAAGAGCAAUUUAAGUAGGAUUAAGAAUCGAAAACACAUGUUUUAUUCAAUGAAAUAAUAAAAACAAUUGCAUGUGAAUAGA